AUGGCAGAUCCUCCCAUCUUCAGCUCCUUUUGCGCUUCCGUCGCCGUUCUGUCCCUGCUGUGCCUUUCGAGCGCAGGUGACACCCUGAGUUCGGUUUAGUCUAUUCAACAGGGAGAGACACUAGUUUCCCGGGGCCGAAAAUUUGAGCUUGGUUUCUUCUCUGCUGGAAGCUCAAAGAACACCUUCCUGGGGAUUUGGUUCGUGGUGAGUCCUGAAGCGGUCGUUUGGGUCGCUAACAGGAACAGUCCACUCACUGAUUCAAAUGGUACUUUGAAAAUAAGCAAUGAAGGUGAACUCGUUCUUCUCAACCAAUCAAACAGCGUCAUUUGGUCAACCAAUUCAACCAAGGUUCUUGGAAACCCAGUUGCACAGCUCCUAGAUUCUGGUAACCUCGUUCUUAGCGAAAGCAGCAGUUCUAGUUCUGUUGAUUACUCAUGGCAGAGCUUUGACUACCCAUCAGACACAAUUUUGAUCGGUAUGACCGUAGGAUGGAACUUUAGAACCGGCAUCGAACAUCAUCUGACUUCCUGGAGAAGCACGGAGGACCCCCCCCCUGGAGACUAUAUCUAUAGGUACAAAAUCGAUAGGCUACCUCAAAUUGAAAUAGUGAGCAAAGGUUCUGUCAAAGUAUAUCGAACUGGGCCAUGGGAUGGAAUUGAAUUCGGCGGUCUUAACAUGGAGGGGAAUACGGUUAUUAACCCGAUCUUUGUUUACAACGCAACGGAUGCCUAUUUUGCAUUUGAAACCUUAAAGGACGAUAUCACUGCCAGAGUCAGGUUAAGCCCGGAUGGUGUUAUGCAGUUGCAUCUACUGACGAGUGGAAGCACCGAGUGGUAUCUGAUGUACUCGCUCCCUCAUGACCCUUGUGACAACUAUGGACAGUGUGGUGCUAAUGGCAUGUGCAGACUUAACCAAAGCCCAAGAUGCCUCUGCUUGCAGGGUUUUAUGCCCAAGUCACAAGAAGAGUGGGACAUGCUUAAUUCAACAGAGGGGUGCAUAAGGAAAAUUCCAUUGAAUUGUUCUCGUGGUGAGGGUUUUAUGAGACUUUCGCAGGUGAAAUUACCAGACCUGGUAGAUUUCGAGCUAUUCAAGAAUAUGAGCCUCAAGGAGUGCAAGAUUGAAUGUCUAAAGAAUUGUUCUUGCACGGCUUAUGCUAAUUCCGAUAUUAGAGGAGCAGGCUGCUUGAUGUGGUUUGGUGAUCUCAUUGAUAUUAAGGAAAUUGACACGGUUGUGAACAGGCAGCAUCUCUACCUACGGCUACCUGCUUCUGAAUUAGAUUCAAUCCGCAAUCCAUCCAAGAAGCUGGUGACUAUCAUAGUGGCUUCAGCGAUUUCAGGAUUGCUUCUACUGGGCAUGGCAUUGAGCAUAAUCUGGAAGAGAAGAAUGAAAAGACGAGGCUUGCCAAGUGGGACAGAUGACAUUGACUUGCCCUUAUAUGAUUUUGCUACUAUUGCCGUUGCCACCAACCAUUUCUCUCAAACAAACAUGCUAGGAGCAGGCGGCUUCGGUUCGGUCUACAAGGGAAGACUUUCCACAGGACAAGAAGUAGCAGUGAAAAGGCUGUCAAAAUCUUCCAGGCAAGGUCCUGACGAGUUUAUGAAUGAAGUCCUUCUAAUCGCCAGACUUCAGCACCGGAAUCUUGUUGGACUUCUUGGCUGCUGCAUUGAGGGUGAAGAAAGAAUGUUAAUUUAUGAAUACAUGCCAAACAAAAGCUUGGAUUAUUUCAUUUUUGAUCAUGAUAGAAGCUCCUCUUUGGCAUGGGAAAGGCGAUUUGACAUUGUUUUAGGAAUCGCCCGAGGACUUCUCUAUCUCCACCAGGAUUCAAAACUGCAAGUUAUCCACAGAGACCUUAAAGUGAGUAACAUUUUGUUAGAUGCCGAUAUGAAUCCAAAGAUUUCGGAUUUUGGCCUGGCAAGGAACUUUCAAGGAGAUGACACAGAGGCAAAGACGAGAAGAAUAGUUGGUACAUAUGGUUAUAUGUCCCCAGAGUAUGCCUUUGAUGGCAAAUUCUCUGUGAAGUCCGACGUUUUUAGCUUUGGUGUGCUUUUGUUAGAGAUAGUAAGUAGCAAAAGGAAUAGAGGAUUCCAGCAUGCUGAUCAUUUUCACAACCUUCUCAGGCACGCUUGGUUGCUAUGGAGUGAAGGGAGGGCCAUGGAACUCAUCGAUGUAUCUUUAUGCAACUCUGUUGUCGAGUCUCAAGCAGAGAGAGGCGUUCAGGUAGGCUUGUUAUGCGUCCAAAAGUUUCCUGAAGAUAGGCCUACAAUGUCCAGUGUUGUUUUCAUGUUGGCAAAUGAAGGGGCAACCUUGCCAUUGCCUAAAGAGCCCGGUUUCUUCAUGGAGAGAAGUUCAGGUAGCUCAGUUGCAACUUUAGUUAAGGAAGGAUCCUCCUCGCUCAAUGUCAUUUCGGUCACAUUGCCGGAAGAUCCUCCUGGCGUCAGCUUCUUUUGCGCUUCCAUUGAAGUUCUGUCACUGCUGCACCUGUCAAGUGCAGCUGACAUCUCGACUUCAGUUCAAUCUAUUGAAGAAGGAGAGACGCCAGUCUAUGGGAGAUGGAGAGAUAUUCAGGCCAAAGCUUUGAGCUCGGCUUCUUCUCUCCUGGCAACACCGAGGACAGCGUUCUGUAAGGUAGACUUCAGCCAUAUAUUCUUGGUAAGCAUCUCUCGAUUUUUAAAACUGGCACCGAUGAGGAGGAUCCAGGGAAAAAUGGCAGAUGGCUUUAUGGAAAUUGGAAAGCUUUUCUCUUCACCGACUUUUCACUCUCUUUUUGUCAUCUUUAUGUCGGUGCUGAACUUGUCGGUCGCAUCUGAUACGUUAAGUUCAGGUCAGUCCAUUAAAGAUGGAGAGACAUUGGUCUCUUCAGGCCAAAGCUUUGAGCUAGGUUUCUUCUCUCCAGGAAAAUCCAAGAAUAGGUACUUGGGGAUAUGGUACAAAUUUAGUCCUGAAACAGUCGUUUGGGUCGCCAACGGGAACAACCCACUCACUGAUUUAGAUGGUGUUCUCACAUUUAGUGAUGAGAGGAAUCUAGUUGUUCUCAACCGAUCAAACAGUGUCAUCUGGUCUUCGAAUUCAUCCAGGGUUUUAAGAAACCCAGUUGCACAGCUGUCGGAUUCUGGUAACCUUGUUGUUUUAGAGAAUACCAGUUCACAUUCUGGUGAAUGCUCAUGGCAGAGCUUUGACUAUCCAACUGACACCCUUUUAACCGGUAUGCGAAUGGGACAGAACCUCAAAACCGGUUUCGAAUGGCAUCUGACUUCUUGGAAAAGCAUGGAUGAUCCCUCUUCUGGAGACUAUACCUAUGGAAUAAAUGUAGAAGGGUUGCCGCAAUUGGAAGUGCUCUACAAAGGUUUCAGGAAGAUACUUCGAGCAGGUCCACAAAAUGGGGUCCAGUUCCCUGGUACUCCGCAGUCUGAAAGUACCCUAUUCAAGCCCAUGUUUGUUUACAAUGAAACAUGUAAAGGGAGCUCUACAUGGGACGUUAUGGUCUCAAUCCCCCGCGAACCAUGCGACAACUACGGGCAGUGUGGUGCUAAUGGUGUCUGCACAAUUAGCGAAGAUCCAAGAUGCCAGUGCUUGCAGGGUUUCAUGCCCAAGUCCCCAGAGGAAUGGCAAAUGCUUAACUCAACCAGUGGGUGCAUAAUGAAAGUUCCAUUGAAUUGCUCUCGAGAGGAGGGGUUUCUGAAGCUUUCGCAGCUGAAGUUGCCUGACUUGAUAGACUACUCGCUAAACAAGACUAUGAGCCUCAACGAGUGCAAGGCUGAGUGUCUAAAGAACUGUUCCUGCAGGGCUUAUGCUAACUCAGAUGUUAGAGGGGGAGGUAGCGGCUGUUUAAUGUGGUUCGGCGAUCUCAUUGAUAUGAGAGAAUCUCAACAAGUCAACUACGAGCAAAAUCUCUACAUAAGAGUACCUGCAUCUGAGUUAGAUUCAAUCCACAGCCCUGUCAAUAAGAAAAGACUGGUGACUGUCAUAGUGGCUUCUGCAAUUUCUGGAUUGUUCAUAGUAGGCAUAGCAUUGGGCAUAAUGUGGAAAAGCAGAAUGAAAGGAGGAGGCUUGGGACGUGAAAAGGAAGACAUUGACAUUGCGACUGGACAUUUCUCUGAGACCAACACAAUUGGAAUGGGUGGCUUUGGUACAGUCUACAAGGGCAUUCUCUCCUCAGGCCAAGAAAUAGCAGUGAAAAGGCUGUCCAAAAGUUCAGGACAAGGUCUCGAAGAGUUCAGGAAUGAAGUACUCCUAAUCGCCAGACUUCAGCACCGGAACCUUGUUGGGCUUCUUGGCUAUUGCAUAGAGGGAGAAGAGAGAAUGCUAAUAUAUGAGUAUAUGCCGAAUAAAAGCUUGGACAAUAUCAUUUUUGAUGAUGACAGAAGCUCCACCUUGCCAUGGAAAAGUCGCUUUGACAUUGUCAUAGGAAUUGCGAGAGGACUUCUCUAUCUUCACCAAGAUUCAAAACUACAAGUCAUUCACAGAGACCUCAAAGUAAGCAAUAUACUGUUGGAUGCUGACCUGAAUCCUAAAAUUUCGGACUUUGGUCUCGCAAGAAUCUUUGGGGGUGAUGAAAGGGAGGCAAGAACUAGAAGAAUUAUCGGUACCUACGGUUAUAUGUCUCCAGAGUAUGCUUUUGACGGAAAAUUCUCAGUGAAAUCCGAUGUUUUUAGCUUUGGUGUACUUCUGUUAGAGAUAGUAAGUAGCAAAAGGAAUAGAGGAUUCUGGCAUCAAGAUCAUCACCACAGCCUUCUUGGGCACGCAUGGUUGCUUUGGAGCGAAGGCAGGGCCUUGGAGCUUUUACAUGAAUCUCUACGCAACUCCUCCUUCGCAUCCCAAGUAGAGAGAUGCAUUCACAUCAGCUUGUUAUGUGUCCAAAAGUUUCCUGGAGAUAGACCAUCCAUGUCUUCAGUCCUUUUCAUGUUAGCGAAUGAAGGGGGAGUCUUGCCACAGCCUAAACAGCCCGGCUUCUUCAUGGAAAGAAGUUCGUCGAGCACAGAAGAAUCCUACACGAGGAAUAUUAUGACUAUAACCAUGCCGGAUGGUCGAUAAACUUUCCUUCAAGGGCGUUCCCUGCAGUGUGGUAUUUAGACCAGCUUUCUCGGUGCAUAAAAAGGGAAGACGGUUGCCGAUCACUAUGACUGAGCACUUCAAUGUGUGAGAGGUAUAGCGAUCUAGACUUUAAUGUUGCUUCAGGUUCCCAAGUUUUAGAUAACAUCUGCUAAAAACAGUCUGAAAAGUUUGUGAAAGCAUUGUUGUAUGUGUGGAUAUGAA